AUGCACCAAGCAGACCUCAGGUGCUUGGAGUAUCUGCGGCAGAUAAUAGAAGACAUGGGUGCUAUCAUCGACAAGUCCAAUCAAUUGAAGGAGAAACAAAGAUUCAGAGAGGAGCAUUCAACACCUCCUCUUACUCUUAGUCUUACUCAGACCAGAGAAGAAACUGCUAUGGUGGGAUUUGGUGAUGAGUUGAUUCAACUUCUUGACGAGCUCACCGGUCAUCGAUCCAAUCUGCAUAUCAUCUCAAUCGUCGGUAUGGGCGGCAUGGACGACAUAUUGAGUGUCGAAGCUUGGAAUGAAGUGAGGUGUUUCUUUCCCGAUAAUGGAAGUGGAAGCCGGAUUGUUCUAACUACUAGGUUGUCAGAUGUAGCUAACAAUUGUGGCUCUUCUUGCUUUUUGAAGAAUCUUCUAGAUGAGAAUGAAAGUUGGGAAUUAUUCUGUAAGAAGGCAUUCCAAAAUGAAGAUUGCCCCACUGAACUUGAGGAAAUUGGAAGGAAGAUUGUUAAAUUAUGCAAUGGACUAGCAUUGUCCAUUGUUGUGAUCGGGGGGAGACUUUUAAAGUCUUCUAGGACCGUAGAAUGUUGGAAGAGUGUUGCUAAAGAUAUAGAAUUAAGUCCCAAUUCAAAAGAGAAGCAAGAAAGCUUUGAUGUAUUAUUUUCAAGUUAUGACCACUUGCCUCCUCAUCUAAAGCCUUGCUUUCUUUAUAUUGGAGUUCUUUAA